UGUUUUUAUUAACUUUUUAAUGCGUAUGUCUAAUUCUUCGUGGACAUUUUUCUGUGCAGAUUCUGUCCAGGUUGAGGAAGGAAACCGAAACCUUACCUUCGUCCAUUAUGCUGACGACCAAGGAUAUCGGGCAAUUACUGGCGAUGCUGGUGCAGUUAAUUGGCGCGAAACGCGGAAUUGAGGUUGGCGUGUACACUGGAUAUUCGGCACUGUCUGUGCUUCUAGUAAUGCCUAGUGAUGCCAAGUUGGUGGCCUGUGAUGUAAAUGAAUAUACAAUGAGUAUUGCACGGCGCUACUUCGACGAGGCCAGUGUUUCAGAUAAGGUUGACAUUAGGAUGGGUGACGCAACGAAGACAUUACAAAGCCUGUUAGAUAAUGGUGAGGAAAACAGACAGAGAGGACACCUGGGAACAGACUCAAGCUGCCCCAAGGUCAGAGAAAACGCCAAGCCCAAGACGCUGAAAACAGCGAACCUACAGGAGGUAGCAGAAAAGAAAGGUUACUGGUACAUCCCGAGUGCACAGUAUGCAGGUUGGGUGUUUAAUGACGACCUAGAGACUCCUGACUGGGUCUGGACGCUGGAUAGCCAACCAACACCCCGACCAGACAUCUACCCGCCGUAUGACAGCAGAUGGCAAACUUUGAAGGUGGAGAAGAAAUCACCCAAAUGUUUCACCAGUGAUCCAAUGAUAAACGUGGAUUCAUUGAAACAGGAGAUUUGGGAGAAUGACCUGCGUGCAGAUUUGCAGUCACUCCAAGAGGUCACCGAAAAAAAAUGGGUAGAAGCAGUCCGACGGAACCAAGAGCUGGAAAGGAACAAAGAAGACCUGCAGAAACAAAGGACUUACACUAGAAGAACGCAGAAGGGACAAACCAAAGCAGGGAAGGGGCAAGGGGAAAGCAUGGCUGGGACAGAACAGAAAGAAGGGACGACCACCCUUUCGGGAGAAGCUACAACAGACAGCCAGACGCCAGCAGUGGGGGGGAAGAGAAAGCACCUAGAGCGGGCUUGUGACAGAGAUGAAGCAGCAGAGGAACAGGACGGGGACAAGGCAGAGUAUUACCCGUGGGCUGAGCGACAGGAAAACGAGAUACUGAGCUUCAUACAUAAAUUCGAGAAGGAAAGGCAGGACAAAUAUGACCUGCAGUUGAUCCUGCACAGAGAGGAACAAAGGAACAGACAAGCAGCAGCAGCAAACAACCCGACGCAGGCCAUUCCUCUCACAGAAAAUCCUUUCGCUCCCUUGGAAAGGGAGGCAGAAUUGGCUGCACUCCUGGCAGAAAAAUACAGUUCAACAAAGGAGAAUCAGGAGAUGGAGAUAGAUGAGGGGAACGGCAAUGCAGCCAGGGAGAAAUCGCAGACCAACAGAUCCAAACUCCCCAAGUACAGGCCUACACUCUCCCUAAAUGGACAAAAGGAACAACAGGGGCAAACAGAAGCGACCGCAUAACGCUGUUGGGCAUCCAAGAGGAGACACUUUAUGCACAAUGUGA